AUUAUGGCUGAUAUCUAUUGAAAACAAAAUAAUAAAAUAAGUAUUUUGUUUUGCCAACAAUUCUAUUUUAUUUACAAUUAAUUUUUAUCAAUUUCAAACACCGGAUCUAUAAUCAGUCAUGAGCUUUGAUCCGUCCACAUAUGAAGAGACCGGUUUUGAUGCCAUACUUCCCGCUAAAGAACUCAUCAAACAAAUCAAACAAAGUUAUAACAAUAACAAAUACCCACUGGUUGUAGAUAUCGGGUGCGGUCCGGGAAACACCGUAAAACUGUUGGACAAUGAGCUCAAACCGGAACAGAUCAUCGGUAUAGACAUCGACACAGAGAUGAUAUCAUUUGCCAAACAAAACAAUGGACUGAAAAACAGCGAAUACUAUGUGCAGGACAUCGGCGCAGACUUUGACAAAUGGGAUCAAAGUCUUCAGAAAGUGAGCGGAAAAGUAUCCGUCGUUUUCUCCAACUAUGCGCUCCAUUGGGUUCGGGAUGUGGAGACGGCCGCCAAAAACAUGUCGCGACUCCUAUCUAAGACCGGGAUCAUUGUCAUUGACAUACUAUAUUGCGGUGAUAUAUACCGUAAUGUGAGUGCCGAGCAAAGGGCUAAAUACGAGCAGUGGCUCCGGUAUCCCAGCGAACAGGAGGUGAUCGGCCGGUGGAUGUCGGCCCUCAAAGGCGCCGGACUCACACAGAUUGACAUUAAAUUCUGGAGACCGAAGUGCAUAUACCCUGAGAAAGUAUACAACGAGUUCAUUCAGUAUCCCAUCAAUUGGUAUAAACAGUAUUUGAAAGACAAUGUGGACUCCGGUGUCAAUGUGGACGACCUGUUAAAGGAUCUCAUACUGAAAGACAGGGCCAGAAAAAUUGAGAGCGCCGGUAGAAAAGUGUUUCAUGUGUCCAAUAAAGGGGACGAGGGGGACAUUAGGGUGAAAGUCAAAUAUACUAUUAUGGCUAAUAAGGGUAAUGAAACGGUAAUAAUAGCGGGAAAAGUGAUCAAUUCAUACUUCAAAGAGUGUGUCGGAGAUUAUUUUAUUAGCAAACAAUAUAACGUGAUUACGGACGGCAACUGUGGGACAGGUAUUAAGCGCAUGGACUCAAAGGUGGCCGAUAUCCAGAUCAUGGGCACCUGCGAGUCCUAUUGUAUUAAGCGCAUGGACUCAAAGGUGGCCGAUAUCCAGAUCAUGGGCACCUGCGAGUCCUAUUGUAUGGGCAAGGUGGCUUAUUACAAUAGUGCAUCAGCCAGGCACUCCAAGUCGAAUAUCGGCUGUGAUAUCGACCCCAAAAUGAUUAGUUUCGCACAAAAGCAUAACAAGUCUCCAGAAAUUGAUUAUUUGAUUCAAGACUUUGGCGUCAAUUGGCACCAAUUGGACGAUCGACUCAAACGAUUAGCCGGUAAAGUGUCAGCAAUUUUCACCAAUUAUGCCAUGGCUUGGGUCUGGGAUAAGGAGAGCGCAGCCACUAAUAUCGCUAAACUACUGGCCCCGGGAGGUGUGUUUGUGGCCAAUAUCCUGUACGAUGGGGACAUAUUUCAGUGUCUGCCUAAACACGACCGUCAGAAAUGCUAUGAUUUAAUACCGUAUCCGACGGAACAGGAGUUUAUGGGCGGUUGGCUCAUGUCUCUCAAGAAGGCCGGUCUCUAUAAGAUAGAUAUUGACUACUGGGAGCCUAAGAUUGUCAUGUCGGAGCAGUUAUACCUCGAUGAGUAUAUAAAUAUACCAAUGAAUUGGUAUAAACACUACUCGACGUUAAACAAUGGACACAAUGGGGACAUGGAUCAGAUCCUCAAGAAAUUAAUUUAUGCCGAGAGAUGCAGACCUAUUGACCAGAAGUCCAGUGAUGGCCAACAGCAGGUGGAAAUUAUUAACAGUUUGGUUACUAUUAAUAGUAGUAUUAUUGUGAGCACUAAGACUAACAUCUGUAGUACUGUUCCCAUUGUCCACACCAUCGCCGACUAUAAGGACGCUGACGGCACUGAGUCGGCCAUCGAUUCGCAAUAG